CUCCUGCCUGCCUCAGGUUGGUGGUGGGAAUCGGCAGCCUCCAGUUCGGCUCUCUGGGGGGUGGGGGUGGACGACCACCGUGGUGGGAGUGGCCUUUUCGCGCCGCCAGACGGCAACGGGCAAGUGAGCCGCCGUCUGACCGGAUCCCUGCUGCUGUGCUGCUAUUCAGAGUACCAUGAACAAGAUGAAAACUUUCAAGCGCCGUUUUUCCCUUUCGGUUCCCCGGACGGAGACCAUUGAGGAGUCUCUGGCAGAAUUCACAGAGCAAUUCAACCAGCUCAACAACAGGAAGAAUGAAGAUUUGGCACAAGGACAUCUGCACCUGGGACACUUAAGCAGGGACAUCCGGUCACAACCCAGUUCCACUUCGCCUUCAGAAGGUCGGUCCCCAACCACUGUGAGAUACCGAAAUGGCAAUCAGCGCCGCUUUUCCAUGGAGGAUGUCAGUAAGCGCCUUUCUCUUCCUCCAGAGCCUUCUCUGCCUCCAGAGUUCCUACAGAAACUGGAGAUGGAAAGUCCAGAAAUUUCGAAGCCUCUUAGCAGGAUGUCUCGUCGGGCUUCUCUUUCUGACAUUGGUUUUGGGAAGAUGGAAACCUAUGAUAAAAUGGACAAGCUAGGGGAGGGCACCUAUGCUACUGUCUUUAAAGGGCGUAGCAAGCUUACGAAGAACCUGGUUGCCCUGAAGGAGAUCCGUCUGGAACAUGAAGAAGGGGCCCCUUGCACAGCUAUACGAGAGGUUUCCUUACUGAAGAACCUCAAGCAUGCAAACAUUGUAACACUUCAUGAUAUCAUCCACACAACAUGUUCCCUCACUCUGGUCUUCGAGUAUCUGGACAGUGACUUGAAGCAGUAUCUGGAUAACUGUGGGAAUCUGAUGAGUAUGUACAACGUAAAGAUCUUCAUGUUUCAGCUGCUGCGUGGUCUGUCUUAUUGCCACCGACAUAAGAUCCUGCAUAGAGAUCUCAAGCCACAAAAUCUGCUCAUUAAUGGGAAAGGGGAACUGAAACUUGCUGAUUUUGGUCUAGCCAGAGCCAAGUCUGUUCCAACAAAAACUUACUCCAAUGAAGUGGUCACUUUGUGGUACCGGCCUCCUGAUGUCCUACUAGGAUCCACAGAAUACUCUACUCCCAUUGACAUGUGGGGCGUGGGUUGCAUACACUAUGAAAUGGUCACAGGGCGUCCCAUGUUCCCAGGGUCAACUGUGAAAGAGGAGCUGCAUUUAAUAUUCAGGCUACUGGGAACCCCUACAGAAGAAUCCUGGCCUGGUAUUACAUCCAAUGAGGAGUUCAAGGCUUACAGCUUCACGCAGUAUCGAGUCCAGCCCUUGAUAAAUCACGCACCAAGACUGGACACAGAAGGAAUUGAUCUGCUGACGAGUCUACUCUUGUAUGAUGCCAGAAGACGCAUUUCAGCUGAAUUGGCCCUGCGACAUCCUUACUUCAUGACUCUGGGUGAACGAGUGCAUCUCCUUCCUGAGACUGCCUCCAUCUUUUCUCUGAAGGAAAUACAGCUACAAAAAGAUCCUGGCUACCGAGGAUCAGGCUUCCAGCACUCGGCUCGAGGGAAGAACAGGAGGCAAAGCAUAUUUUAAAUCUGGAUUAUUCGAUCCAAGCAACGCCAGGGAGUUCAGAACACUGAGCAGGGAAAGGACCACAUAGAUCCUAUGAAGCCUGUUCCUAGAGUGACGAAGGCUGGUAUCUGCAGCACAGGAGCUCUCCCUUGAUCCCAGGCCACUGCACUGUUGUUGUCCAGAAUUCCACAACUUUCACCAGAUCAAGUCCUGGGGCCUGGUCCAGUCCCUCAUUCUUCAUAUAGCCAUCGGUUCCCCCCCCAUCCCCAGGCGCAAGGACCUUCACCAAGUGAUUACUGCCCCCUGUGUAUGGUCCUGAAAUACCAUGUGCUGGCCAUUGCUUUUAGAGGGAGGCAAAAUGGAGGCGGCAGGCAGGGGCCAGGACAUCACUGCACAAUCAACACCUGCUUUGCUUCUGAGGUUUGGAUGCCCCGUCCUGAUGAAUGUACUGAAUCCCAUCGUUUAUUUUUCUUCAUCAUGAGAUGACGCCUUUGAGGAUUGCCUAGGGUGACCUGCAGACGUGAUGAAUACGAUAUUAACAGUGGGGAAACCCUUUGAUCCACUCCAUGCAGAGCUCUCUGGCUUUGAACUGAAAAAGAGACCUUGAGAAUUUA